AUGUCUAACAAACAACCAAACCUCAUCAUCAUCAACUCCAACAUCCCCGUCGCUCCCGGCGUCGAAAUCGAUGAGCACCGUAAGAGGCUCGUCGGUGUCGUCCUCGAUCUCUUCCAGGGAAAGACGAGUUUGUAUAAGUUGAAUAACUACUUUGCUGAGGAUGCCGUUUACGAGGAUCCCGUCGCAAAGAGCGUCGGCAGGAAAGAAAUCGCAGGCCAGUUCUACGGCCUCCCCGAACUCUUCAAAGAAUCCCGCACCAAAACCGUCUCAAUCAUCUCCAACGACUCCACCUCAACAUCCUUUUCCAUGACCCACAUCUUGACCCCAAAACUCAUCUCCACCCCCAUUGAAUUCAACACAACCAUGACCAUCACAGUCAACGACAAGGAUCUCAUUACGCAUUGGCAGGAUAGACAUAGGGAGAAUAUCCCGGAUGGGGGGUGGGCGGAGUGGAUGAGGAAGAAGCAGAGUGAGGUUACGGCGGCGGUAUUACCGAUCCCGGGGAAUGAGGAGGAGGAUUUGGGGAGGUGGAGGAGGUGGUAUGGGGAUGCCGUCCCCUCCCCCGCCACCUACGAAAACUCAUAA